AUGAAGCUCGGCAACGGUUUUGUCGCUCUUGUGACUGCUGCAGUUACAUGUGUUUCUGCCACACCUCUCAAGCCUGUUGAUCUCUCCUCUGAGCUGAAAAAUAUCACUGCUGUGGGCGACCCGAUCGAGCCACGCAAGAUGGAGGACGGCAGCCCCUGGUGCCGGCAACCGACAGACUAUAGCAACGCCGGAGCUUUCCGCACGAUGGAGAACAUCGACUACCUGCGCAGGGUUGGCGGCCUCUGUCCCACCGCUCCGGGCAGCGACAAGGGCCAGUGCAACCGCGUGGCUUGCCAGUGGCGCUCGGCCAUCUACGUGUGCAACGACAACGACUUCCCCGUCAGCCCCGAGUGCAACUACGUCGCCGACCUAGCCCAAAUCAUCUUCGACAAGUGCAGGAAUCCAAGAAAAGAGCGCCACCACGAGGUGCACGGCUUCGCCAACGAGGGCCACCAAAACUGGUCCGUCGUUGUCGCCGAUGGCGACUGCUAA